AACUGUUUUCAUUUGCAGGGUUUCAUAAGAGCUGCGCCUUGGACGCACUUCCACAGUCACUCUGCGGAUGUUUCCCUUGUUCCUCUUUGCUUCUGAGCCCUAAGCCUCGUUUCCGUCAGAGCAGCGAGGAAUCAGACCAACAUGGCUCAGAGUCCUUGGCUCUUUCCGAGUUUUGUGUUGUUUGUUCUCUCGUGUGGCGCGGAAGAGACACACAGCAGGGAGAUAGUUUACUAUGUGGGGAUCAUUGAAGACCAAUGGACUUACGCGCCCAGUGGAAAAAACCUGCUGAACGGCCAAGCCAUCGAAAACGACGAGCAUGCAUCCAUCUUCCUGGAGAGAGGGCAACAACGCAUUGGCGGUGUCUACAAGAAAGCAAUGUACAGAGAGUAUACAGAUGCCACCUACAGCCACCUGGCACCUCGACCGGAUUGGCUCGGUUUUCUGGGACCCAUACUGCGUGCUGAGGUUGAUGAUGUCAUCAUAAUACAUCUAAAAAACUUUGCCAGCAGGAGCUACUCCAUACAUCCUCAUGGGCUUUUCUACGAGAAGGAUGCAGAAGGUGCUCUGUAUCCAGACAGGACGUCAAAUGCUUUGAAGGAAGAUGACUCCGUCCCUCCAGGGGGCAGCUACACUUACCGCUGGGAGGUCAAACCAAGGUUUGCCCCCACAGACGAUGAUGCCAAUUGCCUGACAUGGGUCUACCACUCACACAUUGAUGCCCCAAAAGAUAUUGCUUCUGGCCUUAUUGGGCCUCUCAUCACAUGCAAAAAAGGAAUUCUGAAGAAUCCUGGAAGUCGAGUUUCAUUAAAUUCAAACUCAGAGUCAGCCCGCAAUGACGUUGAUCAGGACAUCUACUUGAUGUUCAGUGUGGUGGACGAAAACCUGAGCUGGUAUCUAGAAGAAAAUAUUCAGAGAUGCUUGGAACCAGAUGGGGUCUCUUUAGACGAUCCAGACUUUGAGGAGUCAAACUUGAUGCAUGCUAUAAACGGGUACACGUUUGGUAAUCUGCCUGGUAUUAAGUUAUGCCAGCACCGUCCCAUAGCCUGGCAUAUGUUUGGGAUGGGAAACGAAGUGGAUAUCCACAGUGCGUUUUUCCAUGGAAACACCCUGCUGAACCAUGGCCACCGCACUGACACUAUCAGCUUGUUUCCAGCCACAUUUUCUACUGCUUCGAUGAUCCCAAAAAUGAAAGGAAAAUGGUUGCUGAGCUGCCAGGUUAAUGACCACUUAGAAGCUGGCAUGCAGGCCUUUUAUGAAGUGAUGGCAUGUGACACUUCAUCUGGCACCACAAUAAUACCUGGUGUUGUGAGGAACUUCUAUCUGGCAGCAGAGAAAGUCACAUGGAAAUAUGCUCCCACAGAAAAGAACCUGAUAACCAACACACCUCUUACUGAAGCAGGCAGUCCAUCAGAGGUGUUUUUUAGCAGAGAAGGGGGAGCAAUUGGAGGUAGCUACGUAAAAGUAGCAUACAGAGAGUACACAGACAGUACUUUCACUCAGGUCAAACCAUUACCAUCUGAUCGUGGAUUUUUAGGUCCUGUUCUGAGGGCAGAGGAAGGAGAUACUAUCAGAGUGACAUUCCUGAACAACGCCGAUAGAAGCUACAGCAUUCAUCCCCAUGGACUUUUCUAUGACAAACAUUCCCAGGGAACCAGCUACGAUGAUGGUUUUGACAAACCAGGAUCAGGCGUAGACCCAGGAAAGAAAUUCACCUACAGAUGGCAGGUGCUGGAAGGUCCAUCUUUUUCCGAUUCUCCCUGUAUUCCCUACUUGUACUACUCCGGCACGGAUCCUGUCAUGGAUACCAACUCCGGGUUAGUCGGACCUCUGCUUGUGUGCAAACGAGGAGCGCUGGGAAAGAAUGGAAUCCAGAAGGGUGUGGAUAAAGAGUUCUUCCUCCUUUUCUCUGUCAUGGAUGAAAACACAAGCUGGUAUUUGAAGGAGAACAUUAAGCUUUUUGGCACUGCUGAGACAGAUGAAGAAGAUGAAAAUUUUGUGGAGAGCAAUAAAAUGCAUGCUGUAAAUGGACUUAUGUAUGGGAACCUUCCCGGGCUGGAGAUGUGUGCCGGGGACAAUGUCAUGUGGUAUACUUUUGGGCUUGGCACAGAGGCAGACAUACACGGUGUCUAUUUUGAGGGAAAUACCUUUAAGAAACAAAGCACGACACGAGACACAGUCAGCCUGUUUCCCCACACCACUGCAGCUCUCUUCAUGCAGCCAAAUAAUCAUGGUGUGUUUGAGGUGAGCUGCAGAACAACAGAUCACUUCUCAGCCGGCAUGAGGCACCGUUACAAAGUGAAACCAUGCCAUGGGAAAAAUGUCCCACACUUUGAGCCUACCAGGACCGUGAAGUAUUUUAUCAGUGCAGAAGAAAUAGAAUGGGACUACUCACCUACAAGAGACUGGGAGCUGGAGAAGCACCACACAAGCCCAGAGAAGAGUCCAGGCAAUAUAUUUGUGGGUAAAGGGGAGAACAGGAUUGGCUCCCGCUAUAAGAAGGUGGUAUAUCGAGAAUACACAGACGAAACCUUUAAAUAUCAGAAGAUGCGGCGGGAGCACCUGGGCAUCUUGGGCCCGAUAAUCCACGGAGAGGUGGGAGAGCAGAUUUUGAUUGUAUUCAAAAACAAAGCCAGCCGGCCUUAUACCCUCACAGCACACGGCGUUAAGGCCAGUGGUUCACAUGUACCUGUUGAACCUGGCCACAUUAUUGAGUUGACUUGGGAUAUUCCUGAAAGCUCUGGACCAGGAAAUUCAGAUCCUAACUGCAUUUCCUACGUCUACUUCUCAUCCGUUGACUACAUCAAGGAUCUCUACAGUGGUCUUCUGGGGCCCCUGGUGAUAUGCCGGCACGGGAUUCUGCAGCAUGGCGAGUCGGUCAACAGACAUAGGAGAGACAUAGACAGAGAGUUCGCUCUGCUGUUUUUGGUGUUUGAUGAAAACCAGUCCUGGUACUUGGAGGACAAUAUUAAAACAUACCUUGAUGUCGAUCCUGGAACAUUUGAAAAAGACCAGGAUUUUGAGGAGAGUAACUUGAUGCAUGGAAUUAAUGGUAGAGUGUACGGUAACCUCCAGGGACUGAUAAUGGAGCAGAAUGAGAACGUUGAUUGGUAUCUACUUGGCAUGGGCAAUGAAGUAGACAUGCACACUGUUCACUUUCACGCUGAAACCUUCAUUUACAGGACGGACCACGUGCACCGUGCAGAUGUUUUCGAUCUGUUCCCUGGGACUUUCCAGACUAUUGAGAUGGUGGCGGCAAACCCAGGGACAUGGUUGCUCCACUGUCACGUCACUGACCACAUCCAUGCAGGCAUGGAGACCACUUAUACAAUAGAAGCUCCAGAGAGGUCCUUGCCAGCUUCAGCACCUGAACAUAAAGUCUCAUUCAAGACUCUAAUGGUUUCACUGGGUCUACUAGCAGGAAGAAUGCAUAGAUAGGAGACUGACAGAUGAUUGUAUGUGUCCAAGCACAAUUCUGAUCAAUGAUGCACCUUUCUUUUAUUUCUGAAUGUUGUAUUAUAUAAAAUAAUAAGCAAAGGACUGCCAAGUUUAUUUUAUGUCAACCACCAGAUGGUCAUGCAGACUUCAAUAUAGAUUUAUCUCAAGACAAAAAGUAAUAACUUGAUAGACUUUUUUUUAUCGUACACUGUGGUCAAAACUGUGGUCUGUGGUUUAAAAAAAAAGAGCUGAUAAACCAAAUAUUCUAAGUUGUUUUUGAAUGUACAAAUAAAUGUGUUUCUUUAA